AAAUUUGAAGAAUAAUAUUCUUACCGGCACCAUUCCCAACAGCCUCACACUUCUCACGGGACUCAAACGAUUAGACUUCAGCAACAAUAAUUUCGCCUUUUCAAUUCCAGCUGGAUUCAGAAGCCUCUUUUCCUUGCAAUAUCUGAACAUUGGAAGCAAUGCAAUGUUUGGAUCCAUUCCGGACAGUUUCAGCUUGCUCACUGCACUCUUAGGCUUAUCCUUGAGCAAUAAUGAGUUCACCGGGUCCAUUCCAGCUGGAAUUGGAAACCUUGCGUCCCUAAGAUACUUGAAACUGAGUUUCAACCUUUUGACAGGCUCCAUACCCAAAAGAUUCACCUUCCUCACAUCACUCGAACACCUCGAGUUGAAUGGCAAUCAACUCACCGGUUCAAUUCCAGCUGGACUUGGAGAACUGACUGCUCUGAAGUACCUGUUAUUGGACAAUAAUCAACUCACCGGGUCAAUUCCAGCUGCACUUCGAAACGCGGCUGCAUUAAAAUACCUAAGUUUCAAGAAUAAUUACUUGACCGGUUCCAUUCCCAACAGUCUCACCUUGCUCACAGGACUUGAACAACUAGGCUUAAGCAACAAUCAGCUCACCCGCUAUAUUCCUUCUGCAUUUGGAAACCUUUCGUCGCUGAUAUUCUUGGAAUUAGGAGGCAAUUCUUUGACUGGCUUUAUUCCUGAAAGCAUCACCCUCCUCAGAUCACUUGCACGAUUGGACUUGAGCAGGAACCAGUUCACUGGAUAUAUACCUGCUAGGAUUGGAAACCUUGCUUCCUUGAGAUACGUGUCUUUGAGUACAAAUCGCUUGAGUGGGUCCAUUCCAGCAACUAUGGGCAACAUGACCAACUUGCAGAUUCUGCGACUGAGCAACAACAACCUAUCAGGACUCAUCCCACCACUGAUAAAAAGCAUGCAGAAGCUAGAUCUCAGUGCGAAUCUUUUGAGUGGAUCCAUUCCUGCAGAUAUCGGCAACAUGACCAGGUUGCUUUAUCUGAAGUUGGCAAACAACCGCUUAAGUGGAUCUAUCCCAGCAGCCAUAAAUCGCCUCACCAGCCUUACGUUUCUAGAUUUGAGUGCCAAUCACUUGCACAGCUCCAUUCCUGCCGGUUAUAGCACGCUCGUUGACUUGAAGUUUCUGUCCCUUGGGAACAACAAUCUGUCUGGACCCAUUCCAGAAUCAUUAAUGGAACUCACCAACUUAAAGACCAUAUCCUUUAGCAACAAUGCAUUCAGUGGCACCAUUCCCAAGCUCAUUUCAAGCCUUGGGCGCCUUGAAUCCCUUAAAGUGGCUCACAACAAUCUCAGUGGGUCCAUUCCCAUCACAAUGCAGAGCCUUGAGAGACUUCAAGUCCUGCACAUGAACAAUAACCAGUUCUCUGGGAGUAUUUCUGGCGUCAUCAACCUGCCUAAUCUGAUCCAUCUGAAUCUUGGCAACAACGUGCUUAAUGGCUCCAUUCCGACGUUCUUUGAUCAGAUUUCUGCACGCACCAGCAUGGUGUUAAGUGGGAAUCAGCUGAGUGGCUCCAUCCCAUCCUCCAUGGCCUAUGCGAGUCGCUUGCAACGCUUGUGGUUGGACUACAAUCAAUUGAGUGGGCCUUUACCCGACACAUUUGUAACUCUAUCAGAGCUUACCUCUUUGAGAGUUGACGCAACGAGCCUCAGCGGAGCGCUGCCAAGCUCGCUUGGAAGCCUCACUUCGCUCAAAAUUUUGAACAUAAGUGGCACUAGCCUCACGUGCCCUGCUGACUACACCAGCUGUGGCCCCUCCCAAUCACCCAACUCAUUGUUCUGCCAGACAUGCAACUCCUUCUGUCAAACCUGCGGCACGGCAGCCGUUACCAGCAGCAGCAGUGGCAGUGGCGAUUCUUCGCCAGCAGCAUCUGGAGGUGUAUCAAUGGGAGCCAUCGUUGGCAUUGCUGUUCCUGCAGUCGUCAUUCUCCUCCUUCUGGCUGCCGUACUCCUCUUCUUCAGGCGCAGGAGACAGCAGGGGCCAGCUGGCAGUCUGGCAGCGUUGCACUGCACGGAGUUUUCGCUGGAGGAGGUCCUCCAGGCCACCAACAACUGGUCAGACGACAACCUGCUUGGCUCGGGUACCUUUGGUGAUGUCUACAAGGGCGUCUCUCCCCGCGAUGGCAAAACCGAGUGGGCUGUGAAGCGCGCCAAGCUCAUGGAUGUGGACUUCCAGAAAGAGAUCGUGCAAAUGGCCAACAAGAACCAUUCCAACAUCGUGCGCCUGCUUGGGUUCGCGGUGGGAGGGGACUUGAGGACACGGCCAGAGCACGUCUUGAUCUACGAGUUCGUGUCCAACGGUGACCUCCACAAGUGGAUUAAGACAAAGACACCUUCUACUCUGAGUCUGCAGCAGCGGCUGGACAUUCUCAUUGGUGCUGCAUGUGGUCUCAAGUACCUCCAUAGCUUUGACAUUGUGCAUCGCGACAUCAAACCCGCCAACAUCCUCAUCACCAACGACAUGCAGGCCAAGAUUGCAGACUUUGGGCUUAUGAGGGAGGGAGAGGGCAAAGUUAUGGGAGAGGGCACCACUGUGGGAGAGGGCACCACACAAGUGAUGGGAACACCGGGCUAUGUGGAUCCCGUAUACUCCAAGUCGUCACAGGCAACCACCGCCAGUGAUGUCUACAGCUUUGGUGUGCUCAUGCUUGUGGUGCUCUCUGGACGCCCUCCAUUUUCUGAAUUUGCUGGGGAGACCAAACACAUCCUCCUGAUC